AUGGGUCGAGAGCGACUCAUGAGAGGGAAUGACUCCACACGAAGAAAAAGAAUAGAGCAAGCUACUGAGAGGGAACGAGUUGGAACCGGAAUGGGAGAAAAUCGGUCUAGUGAUGGACUGGAUGUGAAAAAGAAGAGAAAUUCACGUUUGGAUUCAAAGGGAAAUCUUGUAGAAGUAAAAGCUCAUAUUAUGGGCUAUGGGAAAGAUGGAGGCUCAGGUAUUGGAAAUAAAAAUAAGAAGAAGAAACGGAAGAGGGAUGAGUUGGAAUUGGAGUAUGAGGCUAGUCGAUAUGGGGAGGCAGAUAAGCAGGAGAAGGAGAAUGAUGUGGUAGGAGAGAAGAGAAAGAAAAUUAACAAUCCAGAGGAUAUGAUGGUAUCAAAGGAAGGUUUUGAUGACGAAAAUAAGCUUUUAAGGACUGUGUUUGUUGGCAAUUUGCCAUUGCAGAUGAAGAAAAAGGCACUACUCAAGGAGUUUGCAAAGUUUGGCGAAGUCGAGUCUGUGAGGAUUCGGUCUGUUCCAAUAAUUGAUAGCAAAGUACCAAGGAAGGGUGCUGUAAUCAAGAAGCAAAUAAAUGAAAAUGCGGACAGUGUUCAUGCUUAUGUUGUUUUUAAAACGGAGGACUGUGCUCAAGCAUCAUUGGCCCAUAAUAUGGCUGUUGUUGGGGGAAAUCAUAUUCGUGUUGACAGGGCAUGCCCACCACGAAAGAAACUGAAGGGAGAUAGUUCUCCCCUGUAUGAUAAUAAGAGGACUGUUUUUGUAGGAAACCUCCCGUUUGACGUGAAGGAUGAAGAGAUUUAUCAGUUAUUAAGUGGUAUAAAAAAUCUUGAAGCUAGCGUUGAAGCUGUUCGGGUUGUUAGAGAUCCUGGCACAAGCUUGGGGAAAGGGAUUGCAUAUGUCUUGUUUAAAACAAGGGAUGCUGCUAACUCAAUAGUUAAGAAACAUAAUUUGAAGCUUAGGGACCGUGAACUGAGACUGUCUCAUGCCAAAUCAAAUUCCACUCCCUCGAAGAGAGAGAAUAUUUUGCUACCAGAGACCUACAAUACCCCUGCCAAGAAGUUUGCAGUUGAUUCCAGAUAUUCGGGUAGUGAUGAUAAGGUGAAAGCUAAGGCCAAUAUGUCUUACCAGGGCAUGCGGGCAAGCAAAUCUGGCACCCAGAAGAAGGCCCCUGCAAGAGUCAAUGCACCAGCAAAGUCAAAAUCUGGAUCAUCUAUGGAGAAGUCAGUUAAGGGCAAAAGACCAGCAGUGGCUGCUAGAAAGCUAAAAGCACAACGGGCUGCUAAUGCUCCGAAACAAGUUGGAAUAAAGCGGAAGCUGGAUAAUCGAACACCUGACACUGCUGGCCAGAAGAAGAACGCAAGAAAAUUUAGGUAG